AAGUCCCAAUAUACUUCCUUACUUUUGGAAAACACAUUUUCCGGACCAGUUUGUAGUUUUUCCCUUUUCUGUUCUGUUUUUUUUCUUCCAGACACCAUUGAAAAACACACAAAAACAGAGAGGCAGCUUUCUGUAGCUCAACAACGGCGGAAAGAGAGGAUUCUUGUAGGACGCCACCCUACCCCACACUCUCAUACCCUUGACCUCUCUCCCUCUCUCUCUCUUUAUCUCUUCCCACAUGCGACCCCUAUUCUUGCGCCAAAAUCCAACUAUAUUUUAUUACUACGCUUCACUUCUCAACGCUCUUUUCAAUCAUUAUUCUUGUCUACUGUUCUCGGCAUGAGACCCUGUUUUCUGAAGUAAAACCCACCACCCCACUCUCAUCAUCAUCGUCAUCAUCAUUAUCAUCUCCCACCAAGUACAGUCCUCUCUCUUAACUGUUUCUCAUCAAAUUCUCUAACCAUGUCUCAGCUUCUGUCUUCUUCUGCAGUUCCCAAUACGACGUCGUUCUUCCACUAGUCGUAUCUGUACGGCAGUGGAGGUUGCUCUGUGUCCGGUACUGAGAAGAGGAGCUGCGAAUGGGUGAGAGGAGCAAGAGUCAUCAAACAACGGAAGAAAAUUGAGCCUUAUAAGUCAAUAUGCAAUAAGUACCAGCCUUACAAGUCAAGUAUAUCUCUUUUGUCUUUUGAGUUUCUAAUUGUGCUUAUUCUUCCAAAUUCUUGUAGAUGUGAGCAAAAAAUUCCACAAACAGUUCGUUCUAUAACAGAAAAAUCUGCUCAUCUUUGCUCCGACUAUCGGAUCUUUUACUUCGGGUGAGAAAAUGGGAGUCAAGUCUAUUUUCUCGAUAAUUUUCUUGCUGGGAACAAUUUCUUUCCAGGGUUUUGCCGAACCUGUUGAAGAUAAACAAGCUUUGCUCGAUUUUCUCAAUAAUAUCAAUCAUUCCCGCACUCUCAAUUGGAAUGAAUACUCCUCCGUCUGCAAUACUUGGACUGGAGUGACUUGUAGUGGUGAUCAUUCAAGGGUUAUAGCUCUGCACUUACCCGGAAUCGGAUUCCGUGGUGAAAUCCCUCCAAACACUCUUGGUCAGCUGUCUGCAGUUCAGAUUCUGAGUCUUAGAUCGAAUGCGAUUACGAGCCCUUUCCCCUCUGAUUUCUCCAAACUCGAAAACUUAACGGCCCUGUAUCUUCAGUAUAACAAGUUUUCGGGUCCUUUGCCAAUUGAUUUCUCAGUCUGGAAGAAUCUUACCAUUAUUAAUCUCUCAAACAAUGGCUUCAAUGGUAGUAUCCCUUCUUCCAUUUCAAAACUGACUCAUCUUGCAGCUUUAGAUCUCGCUAACAACUCACUUUCAGGAGAAAUUCCUGAUCUCAAUACUUCUAGUUUGCAACACAUAAAUCUAUCCAACAAUUUGCUCAAUGGCACUUUGCCUCAAUCCCUCCGAAGAUUCCCCAACUGGGCAUUCUCUGGGAACAACAUUUCCACAGAAAAUGCCAUUCCCCCAGUUUUUCCACCUAAUAAUCCACCAUUGAGGAAAUCUAAGAAACUCAGUGAACCCGCCUUGUUGGGAAUCAUACUUGGCGGUUCUGUUGUGGGGUUUGUGUUAUUUGCCCUUCUGAUGAUUGUUUGCUACUCGAAAAGAGACCGGGAAACUGGGUUCAUAGUGAAGUCCCAGAAGGGAGAAGGGUCUGUGAAGAAAACUGUUUCUGGGAGCCAUGAUGGUAGUAACAGGCUUGUGUUCUUUGAGGGUUGUAGUUUUGCAUUUGAUUUGGAGGAUUUGUUAAGGGCCUCUGCUGAAGUUUUGGGUAAGGGAACAUUUGGGACAACAUAUAAGGCAGCUCUGGAGGAUGCCACCACUCUGGUGGUCAAAAGAUUGAAGGAAGUGAGCCUGGUGAGACGGGAUUUUGAGCAGCAGAUGCAGAUUGUUGGGCAGAUAAGGCAUGAGAAUGUGGCUCCACUAAGGGCUUAUUACUAUUCCAAGGAUGAGAAGCUUAUGGUAUAUGAUUUCUACGGUCAAGGAAGUGUAUCUUCGAUAUUGCAUGGAAGACGAGGGGAUGGUCGGGUUUCGUUAGACUGGGAAACUCGACUCAGAAUUGCUCUUGGUGCAGCAAGAGGCAUAGCUCAUAUCCACACAGAGAAUGGAGGGAAACUUGUCCAUGGAAACAUAAAAGCCUCCAACAUUUUCCUCAACUCCCGGCGAUAUGGUUGUGUUUCUGACCUUGGCUUGGGAACACUGAUGACCCCAACACCAAUGCCUAUGACGAGGGCUGCAGGGUACCGAGCCCCAGAGGUGACAGACACCCGAAAAGCGUCUCAAGCAUCGGAUGUCUACAGCUUUGGGGUCUUGCUCCUUGAGCUUCUAACUGGAAAAUCCCCCAUUCAUAACACCGGUGGUGAUGAGGUGAUCCACUUGGUGAGAUGGGUUAAUUCUGUGGUAAGAGAGGAGUGGACCGCAGAAGUGUUCGAUGUAGAGCUUUUAAGGUAUCCAAAUAUAGAGGAAGAGAUGGUGGAGAUGUUACAGAUAGGGAUGAAUUGUGUGGUGAAAAUGCCAGAACAAAGACCAAAAAUGGCAGAAGUAGUGAAAAUGAUGGAGAGCAUCCAGCAGGUCAAUACUGGAAACCGCCCAUCCUCUGAAACUAAAUCAGAAGUCUCAUCUUCAACCCCAACUCCUCCGGCAGCAGCUGAAAUGGGUUCCUCCUCUGCCCAACAGUGAGAUUCUUGCCUUAUCAGUCAUUAGUCGUUGUGAUUAAUUUUUUUUCCUUUUUCACUUUUGCUUCAAAUUCGUCUUAUGAAUUAGCACAUGGGUUUGGAUUACUUUAGACGUUUAUGUAGUUUUUAUUCCACAGAUUUGGUACCAAGAUUAGUUUACCUACCUGAUCCAGCUAAGAUCAAAUUCAGGGUUAUUGUAUUAUUUGGUCAGGACUUGGUCAUUUCAUGGUCAAUAACAUCUAGCCAAUUCUCCA